AUGGCGCCACCAGACGCCAGCCCUGAUCUCUCCUCCUCUCCGCCAGAGGCGGUGGAGGUUGAUAACAUCAGCCCCCUGCCCGACGUCAUAAUCCACCAUAUCUUCUGCUUCUUGCCCUUCAAAGACCUGGUGAAGACCAGCGUGUUGUCCAAGCAAUGGCGUUUGGCUUGGACCUCCACUCCAUACAUCAAUCUCUCUUUCCUCUCUCUCCCCUCAAGGCGUGUCGCUCUUUUGAUCAGCAGUGCACUGAGUCUCUGCACUGCCACUAAGAUAGAGAAGCUCCAUGUGGAUUGUUACGUCCGCACUGAAUUCGAUCGGUGGUUCCGCUUUGCCGCGGCACGCCAAGUGGAGGACGCUUCGUUGGUCUUUGGAGGCUCGGAUCGUUUCGUACCACAAUUCAUGUGCGAUUGCACGUCGCUGGUGAGUUUGCGAAUAUCGAAGGCUACUUUUCCACCGGAUUUUAGCAUCCACUGGCCUUCACUUAAGAAAUUGUGCCUUCACGACUUUAUUUUCGAUUACUUUCCUUCGGGGAAGGAUGUGAUUAAGAAAAUAAUAAGGGGGUGCCCUGUUCUUGAAUCUCUUACAUUGCUUUCCUCCCGGGUCGGCAUAUUCAACGUCUGGAUUGAUUCAAGAUCUCUAAGAGAGUUGGUGAUCGAAGCCGAUUCUAUUUGGUCUCUCGAUAUUUCGGCUCCGCUCCAUAUUUCGGCUCCGAAUCUGCAUUCAUUGCGUUUGUCGGGUGGAGUUGUCUUCAGCCUAUUCCUAACGGGAGUAUCUUCAUUAGCAGAGGCAGAGUUGAACUUUAAGCAGCCAACUGCUUGUCGUUGGAAUUUUUCUCGCGACUUGAGGUUCCUCCUUACGAAGCUGUAG